UAGUGUCACGCUAAUCGCUAUUUUGUAGUUUCGUGAUUGUAAAUUGUAUGUAUAAUCGUUGUGGGGAAUACCAAGUGACUUUGUGCUGAUCGAUGGCCGUUUGAGUAUUUCCGUGCUGUAUUAGAAGCGGGCUGCGCGUUCCCGCUAUUCCUGGUGACUCAUCGAAGCUCUCCACACACUUGUCAUCAUGGACACGGAUGAUGGUGAAUCUUCUAGCAGUGGGCCUAUGUCUAGCUUGAAUAGCUUGUUUUCAUUUACAAGUCCUGCAGUGAAGAAAUUACUUGGCUGGAAACAGGGUGACGAAGAAGAGAAAUGGGCGGAGAAAGCAGUGGACAGUCUUGUUAAGAAGCUCAAAAAGAGGAAAGGUGCCAUCGAGGAGCUCGAACGGGCGCUCUCGUGUCCCGGCACGCCGUCCAAAUGCGUCACUAUACCGCGCUCCUUGGAUGGCAGGUUGCAGGUAUCUCACAGGAAAGGCUUGCCGCACGUUAUCUACUGCCGAGUAUGGCGCUGGCCGGAUCUUCAAAGCCAUCAUGAGCUCAAACCACUCGAAAUAUGCCAAUACCCCUUCAGCGCGAAACAGAAAGAGGUCUGCAUUAACCCUUACCAUUAUAAAAGGGUGGAAAGCCCAGUGUUACCACCAGUCCUUGUGCCGAGGCAUUCAGAAUUCGCACCGGGGCAUUCCUUGCUGCCCUUCCAAAGGACAGCGGAGCCAGCCAUGCCGCAUAACGUCUCAUAUUCUGGCUCCGGGUUUCCACCGUCAGCGAGUUCGGAACUACCUGACACGCCCCCACCUGCAUAUUCACCACCCUCUGAUGAUACGGAGCCUCCCGGAGAAGUAGCCCCAGUGUCGUACCAAGAACCAUUGUAUUGGGCCUCUGUAGCUUACUACGAACUUAACUGUAGAGUCGGGGAAGUGUUCCACUGCAACUCACAUUCAGUUGUUGUCGACGGGUUCACCGACCCCUCGAAUAACAGUGACCGUUUCUGCUUAGGACAACUCAGUAAUGUGAACAGGAACUCGACGAUCGAAAACACGCGGCGUCACAUAGGCAAAGGGGUGCAUUUGUAUUACGUAGGGGGGGAAGUGUACGCGGAGUGUUUGUCGGACGCGGCCAUAUUUGUUCAGAGUCGAAAUUGCAACCACCACCACGGCUUUCAUCCGUCGACUGUGUGUAAGAUACCGCCUGGUUGUUCGUUAAAGAUAUUCAAUAAUCGCGAGUUUGCUCAGCUGCUGUCGCAGAGCGUUAACCACGGCUUCGAAGCCGUUUACGAGUUGACUAAAAUGUGCACUAUACGUAUGUCGUUCGUUAAGGGUUGGGGCGCGGAGUACCACAGGCAAGACGUCACUUCCACACCAUGUUGGAUCGAAAUACACUUACACGGCCCGCUACAGUGGCUCGAUAAGGUUCUCACGCAAAUGGGCUCCCCGCAUAACGCGAUUUCGUCCGUGUCUUAGCCGGAAUAUACGUUUAAUCGGUAUCAAUCUCACAAAAUUUUUGCAUUUUAAACUACAAAAUAUACGUGCCAUAGAUAUAUGUUCACUUUAGGUUCAAAUUAUCUCAUAUGAAACGGAAAAAAACAUUGUAAAAAAUAAAUCCUCGAUUCACAUUCAUUCAUUGCAAUCAAUAUCGUAAAGGACAUCUCAAAAUAUAAUUUUUAUUUGAAUUAUAUUUUUUUAUUAAAUCUUAGCUCAAAUUAUGUGUCCAAGUUUAUGAAACGUAAGACGUAUUUUAAGUAUUUCUACAAUAUAAAGACAUACGAAUAAUAUUAAUAAAUGACAAGUAAAGAUAUUAUUUGUGUAAAUAAUCCGUUUUGGUGGAUAGAAGUGCUUUUAAGUUUAUAUACUUAUUAUAUAAAAUAAAAUUCUCAUAAUUAUUUAGCGCUGAGUUGCAUAAAACGAAAAACAUACAUUUGACAUAAAGAAAAAAAAUCAAGUGCUUAUUAGCCAAAUGGAAUUAAAAAAAAAUCAACAAUUACAUAUUUGAACUGGCAACAUUAUUUAAGCACAACAUAUUCAGAUAUCAUUACAAAUACAGUGGCUCCAUUUGUGUCAAAAAUAUUAAUAAUAUUAAGAAAUGUGAUUUUUAUUUUUUAACUUGGAAAUUUGUAAAUAAUUUGGACGGUAGUGCAUUGGGGCCACAAUUAAUUUCUCUAGAGAUAUUUUUAGGUUAUGUAUGUUA